AGUGGAUACGCGACGCGACCGCUCGCGCAGCCGGCUGUGUAGUUUUAAAUGGGGCCUGCCGAUGGAAGCACUGACUCGACUGUAACGUAUGCCGAAUCACUUAUAUCAAGGUUUCACGAACGGAAUGUUGGUUUUCGAAUACGUAGUGGCACGGAAAGUGGAGGUGUCGGCUUUGCGAAGAACCAAGCGGUAAAAAUGUCUUCUGGACGGUUUAUCUCUUUCUGUGAUGCGGAUGAUGUUUCGGAGCCAAGCAGAUUACAGGAACAGUACAACUUGGCGAUUUCUCAGAGGAGCGAUUUGGUUUUUAUUGGUAGUAACUUCACCAGAAUACCGGAAGGAUCCACUGAACGCUAUACUAAAUGGACCCAUGAUUUGACAAACGAAGAUUUGAAAUUGCAGGUGUAUACGUCGCAUGGGCCCACUCUUAUAGCUCCUACAUGGUUCAUCUCAAGAAAACUCUUUUCUGCGGUAGGCGGUUUCAAAGACGACGUGCGCUUUGGGUUUCCCGAAGAUCUCGAUUUUUUCUACCGUGCAUUAGACAUCGAU